AUGACAGCCAGCGAGGCGAGCGUGAGGGAUGUGCACAGCGGGCCAGCCCGCCGCGCUGCGACUGCCGAGGAUGACGCUGCCAGCGCGUCGCGCGAGGUGGACCCCAGUGGUAUCGUGACGUCAUCGGCCCAAUCCCUGCAGCCCCCCGCGGUCGCAAUCGCGCCCGGGAGCCCCGCACAGGAGCCAAAGGGGGCGAAUGCGAAACAGCUCCUGCUCCAGGGCCUGGUCGUCGCCGGCGCUGUGGCGCUGGGCACACUCGUGCCCAAGCUGCUCGGGAACGGCGGAUCGAAGCGGGAACAGUCGCCACCAAAGCGAGGCGAAGGUCGUUUAGAUGUGCUGAGUCUCGCAGCGGACAUUCGGAAGGCCGCGGGCUUCCCAGCGCACGCCGACGAGGGAGCGAACGGAUCCUUGCAGCAGGAGGCAUCGUCCCAGGGCGCCGCGGCCGCGUCCCCGGCCCCCGCGCCGCCCGCGGAGACGGCUGCAGAGAUCGUAGCGCGCCACGAGGCGGCAUUGCUGCGGCGGACGUACGAGUCGAUGCACGCCGAGUUCGCCAGCAGCGGCCUCGACAUUCCCGCGAUCGAGAGGAACCAGCCGAACUUCCACAGCGGAACGGACGCAGGAAGCAACGACCCUCGCGAGGUCCCCACGCGGUGGCCGGCGAAGUACGAGCGCAUGUCGCCGCCGUACCCCCCGAAUGCCGUUCGCCUCGUCGUCGCCCCCAUCCAGCCGAACAACGCAGCCAUGGCGAACAUCCUGGCCAACGCGACGGCGCAGGUGCUGCGGGUGCUGCCGCCGAGCACGCCGCUGUACAUCAACCCGACGAGCAAGCUCCACGUCACGGCGUUCUUCCUGUCCGAGCCCCAGGACACGCGGCCGGACCCGCUGCAGCCGGGGGGGGGGUGUUCGCUCUCGCUUCCGGUGCGGCAGCGGCCCGCGCCCACGCAGGACGCGCUGGCCCGCGAGGUCGCGGUGGUGCGCCACCUCGCUGCGGACACGCCCGCGACGCGGCUCAGGCUGGAGCGGAUCGUCCUUGCGCGGUCCGGGUGCCUGCUUGCGACGUGGACGGAGGUGGCGGAGGGGCUGCCGCUGGCGCAGUUCAAGGCGGCCUGCCGCGAGGCCUUCGCCGGGGCGCCGCCGCGGUCUCCGAGGAUCUACCACUCGACGCUCGUGCGCCUCCUGACGUCAAGGCAGUUUUCGGAGGCCGAGAGGAAGCGGGUCGUGGACGUUUGCGAGUCGCUGACGGAGAAAUUGCGCGGUCGGGAGGUCAACGUGGGUCUCCUCUGGCUGUGCAUCGAGCAGGAGUGGAGCAACCUCGAGGGGCCGACGCGGGUGAUUAAAAUGCAGGUGUAG